AUGUCGUCCCGUACUUCGUGGAUGUUGGAGGAGACCACCUUACCAAAACUUGGCUGUCUCGGCCAAGGCUAGCAUGGCUACAUCUCUCUCGUUCGAACCCCUGAUGAUGUACUCAUGGCUAAGAAAACAUCUCACCGCAAAUACUCAGAGAAUCUGGAGAAAGAGCGAAGGAUCUUACUUCACUUCAACUCCAUCAAUUUCAACAUCGUAAGACCCACAAGCCCUAUCAUCUAUUACGAAACCUUGCCCGUCAAUGCCAAGGUGUGCUCUAUUUACAUGGAAGUCGCACAACAUGGUUCACUCAAAGACAUGAUAAUCAAAGCCGAGAACAUACUCAUCUUCCGUACCUUCACUCAUGGAGAGCUUUGUCAACUCAAACUUGCUGAUUUCGGUUUAGCCAAGGAGCCUAAUGGGCCUAGACCAUUGGAUGGGUCUCUGUUCGCGGGAAAUCAGGCGUAUUUGGCUCCAGAAGGGGUCGGGCCACGUAGAGUGAUCUCGUCCGCGCUUGAUAUAUGGUCUCUAGGUGUAAUGGUGAUUGAGAUGUUGGGGGCUAUUGUAGGAGGAAGAAGUGAUUACUUGUCGGAGACUCUAUCACCGAUGGCUUGGGACUUUGUGAAGAAGUGCAGAGUGCAUGAUCCGGAGGCUAGAGCCACUGCGGAGGAGCUGCUGAGCCAUCCCUUUGUUAUGCAAAGUCUUGGAGUUCCACCGUUUGAGCUGCUUCCGGUUCCUCCUUGCUUAAGUGACGGAGAGAUUCAAGGAAGGUUUUACUAGAGAGAAAGCGGAAGAUCCACAUGUGAGACUGAUGGUGGAGAAUUAUCCUGUUGCUGUUAUUGUUUUCUUGAUGCAAAAACUUAUUAUGAUUUACU